GCUCGUGCUCCGCUUGAUUCCCCCUUCCUCUUUCCGGCCAUCCCACUGCCCCUUCCCAGCCUCCUCCUCUCGCCGCCGGCUAGAAGCGCCGAUAGCUGCCGUCCUCCGUCACUUCCUGCUCCGGUCGCGUUCGUACCAUCGUGUUACUCCCGUGUAUGCCCGUUCCAGCCGUUCGGGACACCAUGCGCACCACCUGUUUGCGGGAUUGUCUAGCCAAGCUGUUGCGCCGCGGGGGCCAGCGCCAGGGCCAGAGCUGAUUCUGCUGCCCCACACAGUUAUCUUUCGCGCGGGGGAUGACGCGGAGCCGCAACGUGAGGCAACGGAGCAAGAAAAAGCGGGUGCACGCGCUCGAGGUGGCCACGGAGCGGUGGAAGGUGCUCACCAAGGUGCUCGCCGUCGUCGACGCGCUCAAGAAGGAGGAGGAGCACGUCACCCCGCUCAAGCGCCUCGAGAUCCUGCGCCCGCAGCUUGGGCUCACCAAGCCCAACAAGGUCGCCCACUUCGUGAGCCGCUCGCCGCAGCUCUUCGAGGUCUGCCGCGACAGCCGCGGCGUCAUGUGGGCGGGCCUCUCGCCGCAGGCCGAGGCGCUCAUCGAGGAGGAGGCGCGCCUGCUGGAGGAUCACUCGCGCACGGCCGCUGAGUACGUCACCAGGCUGCUGAUGAUGUCGGUGGACCGUCGUCUGGCUAUCGACAAGAUUGCACAUUUCAGGCGCGACAUGGGGCUUCCUCAUGAUUUCAAGACACGAUGGGUUCACAUGUUCCCCGAGCAGUUCAGGGUGGUCAGGUUGGAGGAUGGCGAUUACCUGGAGCUUGUCUCUUGGAACCCAAACUGGGCAGUCACCGAGCUCGAGAAAAAGACAGCAGCAUUGACUGGUGAUGCAAAUGCUAACGGCAUUGGCAGUCCACCAGGAGAGCUCUCACUAUCAUUCCCCAUGAAGUUCCCACCAAAUUUUACAAGUUACUACAAAUUCUACGGAAAAGUUCAUCAUUAUGUGAAAAAAGGGAAUACCGAGCAGUUUCAGAAGACAACAUACCUAUAUCCUUAUUCAGAGGCAAGAGGAUUGACUCCUGGCUCGCCUGAAUUUGAUAAGAGGGCAGUUGCUGUGAUGCACGAGGUACUGAACUUCACGUUGGAAAAGAGGCUGGUGAUUGAUCACCUCACAUAUUUCUGUCGUGAGUUUGUUAUGCCGCAGAAGUUGAUGAGGCUGCUUCUGAAGCAUUAUGGCAUCUUUUAUGUGUAUGAGAGGGGGAAGCGGUUUAGCGUGUUCUUGACGAAGUCUUAUGAUGGGACAAAAUUGAUAGAGAAGUGCCCACUGGUGAGGUGGAAGGAAAAAGUUCUUCAACUUACCAGCUAUAGAGGGAGGAUCAAGAAUCUUGGUAAAUUUGCCGAGUUGUUUGAUUCAGAGGACUAUUUGUUUGGUAAUGAUGAUAGUAGCAGUGCUACUGAUUCUAUAUUGGAUGUCAAAAGUGAAGAUUCAGAUGAUAUCAUGGAUGAUGGCGCUCUUGCAGAUGAUACUGAGAUGGAUGUAGGGGAUCUAAGUGAUUGUUGCAUAGAGUGAAUAAGUGACAUCCAUUAAUUUAAAGAGCAGUUUUUGAUAUUUGUUCCCUAACAAUCAAGCUCCAAAAGUAAAUUCUUGUGAUCCUAGGGCAAUGGUUAUAUUCUCUUACUCCCUCGCUCAUGGCAUAUUUGGAUUCUUUAUAUUAACCCGGGGCUUAAAUAGAAACUCUUGCUGAUUGGAUAUGUACUUCUUGCUUAUUGCUAAAAAUAUAAACCAUGCGUACUUUAUGUUUAUGUAGAUCAGUUGGUUCUUCCUUUUUUAUUCACAGAAGAUGAUAUUUGCAAAAAAUUGUGCCAAAGCAUUAUAUAUUGAAGUUAUGAAACGUCAAGCAAGAUUUGUUUUAACAGUAAUCGCUAUGUCUGAAUUCAGUUUUCUAGCCUUCCAGUUGGUGAUGGAUUCAAUAUUCAGAUAAGUACAUCGCUACUAUUUGUCAUCGGCUA